AUGGGGAAAAUACUGUUGCUGCUGUUGGCUCUAGAGCUCAGUCAUGGCAUUAAGGUGGAGACCAUCCCCGUGCUCAGGGAAGUACUCGUCCCCAGCAACAACACCUCGAGUCCACCCGUGUAUCGUGUGUCCAAGCCAGAGCCCAAGCAGCCGGAGAAGCGGGUACCCUCGCACCUGCAGGACAUCGUCCGACAUCCAGGCUAUGUGGAUGACGAUGCGGGAGAUGUGAUCAGGAUCAUUGAGCCGCCGCAGCACUUCCAGCAGUUGAAGCGUCUCCGCCAGCGGCAGCCCCUGGGUCCCGCUGUCGUCUGGGAGCAGCCACGCAAACUUAGCACCAAUCGAACGCCUCCCCAGCCCCAGCCACAGCUCCAGCCGCGCCCAGGCGACCUCCUCACCCAGGAGACCCAGAACAUGCCCCUGGCCGGCAACAGCAACAGCAAUAACCUACAACUUCCCAUGGAGAUACUGGCCUCAGUGAGGAAGACCGAACGUUUGCUGCAUCGCCAGCGACAGAAGCUGCCGCUGGUCCGACAGCGCCACAUCCAGCGGCAGUCGCACACUCUGAUCGCCCAGAAAUCCCUGGAGCAGCAGCUCUACCAGCGGGGCCAGCAGCAGCGCCUGCGAGCGGUACUCAGUCGGAACCAGCAGGAGCACAAGCGGCAGAAGCGCAUGAAGCGGGAGACCAACACAAGGAGCAAGGCCGACGGCGCCUACGGUGUGCAGCAGGGUCUGAAGUUGGUGGCGCACAUUGGGGAUCUGCUGAGGAAUGCCACGCUGUACCUGCCCGACGACGAGGGGCAGGCGAAGCCGGAGCCGGAGGCGCCCAAUGAGGUGAAGAAGUCACCGGCGUGCAACGGUAAUGCCACAACUAGCUGCGACAGUCGACGACGUCGCCAAAGGCUGUUCAAGCCACCCAAAGCAGUGGAAAGGCAGAGGGAGAGACUGAGGGAGAGGCGUCGCAACUUCCGCAAUGAGGCAACAUCAACAACGACAACAACAACAACAACAGCGCAACCACCAACAACAACAACAACACAAGUAAUACCCACUACAAAAACUACAGGCAAAUCAGUAGCAGCAGCGGCAGUGGCAGCAGCAGCAUUGAGUGGCACUGCCACUUCAACGACUUCCGCAACUCCGUUGGCCAGUCGCCUGCGAAAUUCACGUAAAUCACCAAAUAACAACCGCAAUGAUGGUGGAUCGGUGGCCCGAAGCGAUGAUUCCAUACUUUAUGCGGAUAUUAUGACAAAUAUACGUCAUCUGUGGCAGGAGCAAGAUCUCCUUGGGGCAGCACCGCCCCAGUUCAUCGCCCCCCACGAAGUGCAGAACAACACGGACUAUCGCGCUUUGGAUGUGUACCUCAAGGACCUGGACGAGCUGUCCAAGAGACUGCCCACAGUGGCGCCCAUAACGGGUCUGAAUCGAGAGGAGCUGGAGUGGGCCACGCCCACGCCCAGCUGGUAUUUGAUCAACCAGGAGGGUAAGAUCUAUGAGACGCGGCUGGACAGCGAAACGAAGCCCUCAUCGACGCUCUUCCACCGCUUUCCCGACAUGCCCAAGGCCGAUGGCAGUGUGUCCACCCUGGAUCUGGAGUAA